AGGGUUCCCUACAGGUAAGCAUGGGGAAGUAAAGGCUAACCCUGCAUUCUUGGGUGCGACACCAGCGGAAUAAAGCAACGUGUUCUGCGGGAGAUGUAAGCACCGCUGGGGGUCUCCGAUGGAGGGGGCUUUGUUGAAGCCACGCAAGAGCGUGAGGUUCCGUGUGGCCUCGGGCAACAGCGGCCGAGUCCUGAAGGAGAUGUUUAAGGACGAGGGCCCGUCUGACUCCCUGGACUCUGACUGUACCAGCAGUUCGGAGGCAGACCGGGCGAGCACGCCGUCCACCAGCGGGGAGGUGAACGGGCUGGCCGGGGGCUACCUGGGCGCGGAGCUGGAUGACAGCGAGAGCGAGCUGGAUGACCUGCUCCUGUAUACUGGGGCAAAGGACAAGGUCAGGGGGCUGAGCACCAGACGAGUCAACAUACUGAGCAAGAACGGCACAGUGCGUGGCGUCAAGCACAAAGUGAGCGCCGGCCAAAUACUAUUCGACAGCCUGAAUAAAGAUGCAGGGCCUGAGCUGCCUUUAGAGUUUGGGAGGAUCGUGAUCUACACCACCAGCCUCCGCGUGGUCCGUACGACGUUUGAGCGCUGUGAGCUGGUGCGGAAGAUCUUUCAGAACCACAGGGUGAAGUUCUUGGAGAAGAACAUUGCUCUGGACAGCGAGUACGGCAAGGAGCUGGAGGCCCGCUGCAGACGCGUAGCGGAGCUGCCCUCUCUCCCCAUGGUCUUCAUCGACGGACACUACCUGGGGGGUGCAGAGAAAAUACUGGGUAUGAACGAAUCAGGGAAACUGCAGGAUCUCCUAAACAAAAUUGAGAGGGUACAGCAUCCCCACACAUGCCAGACGUGCGGGGGUUUCGCCUUUGUACCCUGCCCAAUGUGCCAUGGCAGUAAAAUGUCUGUGUUCAGGAACUGCUUCACAGACUCCUUCAAAGCUCUCAAGUGCACUGCCUGCAAUGAAAACGGACUUCGACCAUGUCCCAGCUGCUCCCACUGAGGUCCUCUACAAGUGCCUGCCCACCUACCAGUGCCCCCACCCAAUCACCUCACCUUCCCA